CCCACCACUAACUGAGCACAAUGCUGAUGUUUUCAACAAGACCCUUGAGCUUCAUUAGCUCUUUCCAUUUUCCUCUUCAACAUUUCUGCAACAACACCAUUAUUUCCAUGGAAUCCUCAAAACUCUUCUCUACAGCAACAACUGCAGAUCAUUCUUGUGUUUCUACUUCAAGAGAACCCCACAAUGGUGAAGCUGCAAUUAGUGUUGAAGAAUGGAGGGGUUGGGGGACAACAUCAACUGUACCUGCUAUGGUUACUCAGGUUGUUGAUGACUUGAAUCUUUUAGAGAAACAUGUUGAUGCUGACAUGGUUUUUGGUGGCAAUCAUGGCAAACUCUCGGGUGACUUCAAGGUGCAAGAGGAUAAAAAGCAUAGAGCGAAAUAUCAAUCUUUAGGUGAUUCUCAACAGAAACUCCAGUUCUUUUCAGCUCGACAAAUUGCAUGUCGUGUGCUUGGAAGUAGGGGUUACCUUUGUCAGAAGUGUUGGCUUCCCUCGGAGGAUUGUAUGUGCUCAAAACUUAUUACAUGUCCUCUUUGGAAUCGGAUACGGUUUUGGUUGUACAUGCACCCAAAGGAUUUUUUGCGACAAAAUAACACAGGGAAGUUGUUGUGGCAAGUAUUUGGCGUCCAGGCUGCUAAUUUGUGUCUUUAUGGAAUAGCUGAACAUGAGGAAAUGAUGUGGGAUGCACUCAAGCUUGCAGGAAAAGACAAGGUUUGGUGUCUUUAUCCCAACAAGAACGCACCAGCAAAUUCUGUCAAGGAUAGCAUGGCCGGCCUUUCUUUUGUGCAUGUAGAAUGCCUUCCUGAGAUGACAGAUGGAGUCCAUUCCUUGAAUUUUAUUCUAAUUGAUGGGACGUGGAGCAAUUCGGGUGCAAUGUUCAGCCGUUUGAAGGAACGGUACAAGUUAAUGUGGGGUGAGGAGGAGAUUCCUUGCAUAACGCUGAACACAGGAGCAUCCUUGAUGCAUAAACUCAGACCCCAACCAUCAUGGGAUCGUACAUGUACAGCAGCAGCAGCAAUAGGCCUCCUCGAUGAGCUGCAUGACCUUCCAAAUUUUGUUUCCUAUGGAUUGGACAAACAGGCUAAAGCACUUGAAGAUGCUGUGGAGGUUUUGUUAGAUUCACUUACAGCUCGACGGCUUCGCAUGGGUAAAAACCCAGUCUUUACUGGCAUUUCACUUCUGACAAAUGGUGAGGCCAACGGCAAAAAUGCUAGGCCACAUAGAUACAGCAGAAUGACAAUUGGACUAACAUGUUCUCAUAGAGAAGUAAUACGAGUUACAAGUUUGAAAGAGAUCCAGAUCAUUUUGGACAGUUUUGUUUUCCCAGUUUUUACACAAUGUUUUGGUUUCUCUAUGGAUUUGCUUCUCCAUACAGUGUUUUAGUUAGAAAAAAAAUGUCAAGAACUCUUAAUAGUAGUCAUAUAGGAUCGACAUAUCAGAGGAACAAUUAUUGGUUCUUGGAGUAAUGAGCUUAUUAUCUGUCUUUUG